AUGAUCCGCGAAGACAACCAGUCCUGCAUCAAAAUGACCAAGAAUCCGGUCAACCACGGCCGCGCCAAACACAUUGAUAUCAAGUACCAUCACAUUCGCGAUGAAGCCAAGCGCGGUGAAGUGAAGCUCGAGUAUUGCGAGACUUCCGUGAUGAUGGUGGACAUCAUGACCAAGGGACUUCACGGACCACGCCACAAGGACUUAACGGCGGCACUAGGUAUCUGUGCAUUCGGAUUGAGGGGGCGUGCUGACGGUCAUCGGUUUUCUACCAUUAUUGGUAACCGUGACCGGUUCAAUCCGAACCGCCUGCUCAGCUUAAUAUUUACGAUGUAG